AGGCAACAAUCAUGUCGGGAGUUUCUUGCGAUAUCCAGGGAAUCGAUACUAACUAUACUUUUUGAGGGUGGGAACAACAAGCAAGAACAUGAUGUCCUGUGGAUGGUAAAUCCAUUCCUACUCGAUUCUAUCCUAUCAUUCAACGAUAGGGAAUCCCUUCUUCACACCACUCAGUACUCAACAAGAUCAACAUAGAGACGAGUCUUGAUGUCUAGACCGUCACGUUCCAAUAGAAGAAGAUGCUCGGACGAGACCAACUUUGUGCUUCAACCACGACAACUUCUUCAACCACAACAAGGAGGAUGUUGACGGAAGUUUGAUGUACCAGUAUGAGGAGAACAGCACGAUGUCGGUAGUCGUGCAAGUACCCGGAGUCCUCUCAUUUGAUGUUCAUGUAUGGAAUCCGAAUCCUUCUUAACCUCCUCGAGCUAUCGGCCGCCAUUUUGUCUCUAGUACGGUGGUCACGAAUCAAUGGCCAUAUCAUCUUCACGACCUUUGUUUCUUAUUCAUCUUCAGCGACCUUUUUUCGGAUUUUUUCACGCGCUCUGUUGGUGGCUAUUGAUGUACUGACUUGUUACCGAAGUAGUGCAUUUACUGUUAAAUUGUUAUAUUGAUGAAUCGGUAUUCGUAUUUAGUAGUAGAUAAGUGCUUGCCUGACCUUUCCUUCCUCUCCUUGCUGAGAUUGAACAAACUAGAAGAAGUUUCUAGUACAAGGAAGAGAACCUUUAUACCUACUUCGCAAAAAGUCUCGAAAAUUUGAUUGUAGUUUUCUUGAAAUUUGAGGAUGAAGAUGUUCUUUGUUCCACGACCUAGCUUGAUAAACUACAUUCAUCUUGCUGACGAGAGGUAAGUAACAUCUUGCUGCGAGGUAGCUACAAUAAAAGCUUUGACUACAUGAUGACAUGACAUGGCUGCAGGAGCAUGACAUUAAUCAG